GCCGGAGAUAGGCUGAGCGGCAGUGUGACGUUUUCGGCCCCGGCACCAGGAAGAGGAUCACGUUGGAGACCAGAGUGGGUUACCGAAGGCACCGGGAGAGCGAAGGAAGAACAUGUUAAAAGAGUCCACAAGUUAUUUGUUCUCUGCCACGAAGAAUAGGCUCUUCAUACAGAGCGUCAAGAUCUUAAUUCCAAUUACUUGGAAAAAAAAUGUCAACUAUCUCAAAACAAAAACUGAAACGUAUGAAAAGGCUGAUGUCAUUGUUGCCAAACCACACCUGAAGAAUGGAAAUGACCCAUACACCUUACAGUACGGCCAGUGUGGGGACAAAGGGGUUUAUAUUCAUUUUACCCCAGAUUUCCUGGUAGAUGAUCAACUACUGUCAGUAUAUGGACCUAGAGGAAGAGUCUUUGUCCAUGAGUGGGCUCACCUCCGAUGGGGGGUCUUUGAUGAGUACAAUCCAUUAACUCCCUUCUACAUUGAUAAUAAUCGUAAAAUAGAAGCUACAAGAUGUCCAGCUGGACUUCAAGGUGUCGCUGUUAAACAAUGUACAGGAGGCUCGUGUCUGUGCACUGAAAAAGACAUAGAUGUAGAGACGGGACUGUAUAAAGAUGGAUGUGUAUUUGUUCCUGAUAAAAAUAUUGCUUCCAAACACUCCAUAAUGUAUCUGCAGGCGGCACAAAGUGUAUCUGAAUUUUGUGAUGCUCAGAGUCACAACACAGAAGCUCCAAAUUUACAAAACAGAAUGUGCAACUAUCACAGUACAUGGGAGAUCAUCGAGAACUCAACCGAUAUCAAGAAUACCCCAGUAUCAUCCACAAAUGUUCCUGAACCCAUUGUCACUCUUAUUCGGUCAUCAGACAGGGUGGUCACCUUAGUGUCUGAUGUUUCAGGAAGUAUGGGCGCAAGUGAACGAGACUUAAGACUGGUCCAGGCUGCGGAAGUUUUUAUCAUGCAAAUAGUUGAAGAUGGAUCACAUGUUGGGAUUGUGGAGUUUUCCAGUGCUGCUGUAGUCAUUUCACCCCUGGUGCAAAUAUUUAGUACCGCCCAACGUGAGCAACUAAAAAAACUUCUAAAAAGGAAAGCAGGUGGAGGAACAAACAUAUGUGAUGGCAUUCGGAAAGGUUUUGAGGUAAAUAAAGGAACCAGUGACAAGUCCACAUAUGGUACUGAAAUAGUGUUACUGUCAGAUGGAGAAGAUUCCAGCUUUCCAUCAGUUUGUUAUAAUGAGAUAAUAAACAGUGGAGCCAUCAUUCAUGUCAUCGCUCUUGGACCCAGUGCAGCAGCCGCUCUUGAGAAAGUUGCAGAUGACACAGGUGGCUCGAAGUAUUUUGCUUCAGACAGCUUCAGUGCCAAUGGUUUGAUUGAUGCUUUUACUUCAAUGGCAUCUGGAGCUGGGGACAUCAGUAAACAGACUAUUCAGCUGGAGAGCACGGCUUCAACGCUUUCAAGCAAGAAUUGUUUAAACGGCACCGUGUUUAUUGAUAAAACGGUGGGGAACAACACCUUCUUCCUGGUCACUUGGCAAUCUGCAGUCCCUAUUAUUAACCUAAAGGAUCCAAAAGGAAAUAUAUAUACAGCAGCAAAUUUUAAAAGUGACUCGGCCACCAAGUCCUCCAGACUAGAAAUUAAUGGGACUGCUGAGGUGGGACCUUGGGAAUACAGUCUGUGUAAUGGUCUUUCAUCAUCUCAAGCGAUAGGGAUAACUGUGACCUCCAGGGCUGCAAAUGAGAGUGUUCCUCCUGUAGUCGUAAAUGCCCAUAUGAAUCAAGACACCAUUAACUACCCCACUCCACCAAUAAUCUACGCCUCUGUUAGUCAAGGUCUAGUGCCUGUGAAAAAUGUAAAGGUUACCGCCAUCAUUGAGGCAGUUAAUGGACAAACAUCGACUAUAGUUCUCGACGAUGAUGGAGCAGGUGCUGACAUUGCUAUGUAUGAUGGUAUCUACUCAAAAUACUUUACAUCUUUCACUCUCAAUGGAAGAUACAGUUUGAAAGUGCGCGUUGAAAGCACCAAAAAUAAGGCUCGACUGGUACUACCAAGGAAUCGGGCUCUCUACGUGCCAGGCUAUGUGGACAACGGAGUGGUCACCAUGAAUCCACCAAGACCUGUAAUUGACGAAGAAGAACUUGUCGUGGAGGCAUUUAGCCGAACUGCAUCGGGUGGAACCUUUGUGAUGUCUAAUAUACCACCUGUACUUCCGACAGAUAUUUUUAAACCAGAGAAAAUAACCAACUUAGAGGCAAAAAUAGUGGAUGAUGUUGUUGUUUUAGCCUGGACAGCCACCGGUGAUGAACUGGACCGUGGGACUGCUACGAGCUAUGACUUGAGGAUGAGCGUUAACCCUAAAGACCUUAGAGACAACUUUAAUGGAGCAACUAAAGUGAACAUUUCCAGUAUCUCCCCACAAGAAGCUGGGAACCGAGAAACAUUCUCAUUCGUGCCAGAAAAUGUUGUUAUAGAAAAUGGGACCAUUCUUUUCUUUGCUUUAGUCGCUGUUGAUAAAGCCAAUAAAAGAUCAGAUGUGUCUAACAUAGCCCAGGCCGCUCUUGUCCUCCCACCACCACCGGCUCCGACAACUGGACCCACAAAUAACAGUUCAGACUGGUUGACUAUAACCACAAUGACAUUGAUAGUAUGUUCUACCGUCAUCCUUAUCUGCAUCAUUAUAAGUAUCACUACCUGUAUCGUCAGCUGCCAGAGGAAGAAGAAGUAUAAAGAGAUGCGAGUAUGAGAAAAUGAGUAUUGUAUUUACUACUAUGGGUUAACAUUCGGCCAGACGAAAUACUAUCCAUAGUACAAAAUGGUCCCUUCCCUUCGUAUGCCCUUGUUAGUCUGUGUUAUCUGCUCUGCCAUAUGAUCAGGAAUAAACGCACUUUCUGAUUUACAGCAACAAGGGUGAGUGCCGUCAUUGACUGUGUUCUAACUUUGGACUGUUCCGAUACCUCAUUAUUGUACGAGCACCAUCAAACUGUGCUGUUUGACGUCACUGCUGAUUGUUAUAGUGUGCAGUGCCCGCACCUUACUCUGUCAUAUACAUUUGUUAACAUUAAGCUAGGGCUUCCAUGAUAAAC